AUGGGGGACGAUAUCUCACGGGAAAACCGUGACCGGAUAGAGCUCGAGACCGAAAAGGAACGGGUUGAAAAUGUCGAACACAUUGCCUCCCCACAGCAAGAUGGCCUGCCUCAAAUGGAUCCAGCACGCCGGAUAGUCGUCGAGAAGAAGCUUAAGCGCAAGCUCGAUGCCCGGUGCAGUCUUUUUGUCGCCAUCUAUGUCAUGAACUACUUGGAUAGAAACAAUAUGGCUGCGGCUCGUCUCAAGGGUUUGCAGGAAGAUCUGAACCUGACCAACACCGAGUACUCGACAUGCUUGAGUAUCCUCUACGUCGGCUACAUUAUCAUGCAGGUCCCUUCCAACAUGUUCAUCAACCGCAUCAGCCGGCCCUCGCUCUACAUUGCCGUGGCUAUGUUAUUGUGGGGCGUUAUCUCCACCUUGUCUGGCAAUACCAAGAGCUUUGGUGACAUGGUGGCUGUCCGUUUCCUACUGGGUUUCGUCGAGGCAGCCUUCCUGCCCGGUGCCCUGCUCAUCCUCUCCAAGUGGUACACGCGCCGCGAACUGACUACCCGGAACGCCAUCUUGUUCUGUGGUAACCUCAUCUCCAAUGCAUUCUCUGCACUCGUUGGUGCUGGUGUCCUAUCCAAUAUGCAAGGCGUUAUGGGCCAUGCCGCGUGGCGCUGGCUCUUCUGGAUCGAAGGCUCGGUGACUAUGUUCCUCGCCAUCCUUGCUGCGUUCAUCUUGCCCGACCUGCCGCACAAUGCGCGUGGCUUCACCGAGGAAGAGCGCCAAGUUGCGCAACUUCGCAUGCUCGAGGAUGUCGGCGAGGCUGACACCGAUAGUGAAGAACUUGGUGCCUUUGGAGGACUACUCAUGGCUUUGAAAGACAAAAAGAUUUAUGUGAUGAUGAUUACCUUUGUCGCUUAUGUGGUGGGCCUUAGCUUCAAUGCUUUCUUCCCUACCCUCACUGGCACUCUCGGAUUCGCAUAUGUCCCGACUCUGCUGAUGAGCGCUCCACCCUGGCUUUUCUCAUGCAUUGUCUCCGUCAUAAACGCAUGGCACGCGGACAAAACACAAGAAAAGGUCUGGCACAUUAUCGGUCCGAUCUGCAUGGGAGCCGUCGGUUUCAUCAUCUGCAUGACCACCCACAACGUUGCCGCUCGCUAUGUCGCACUAUUCCUGCAGGCUGGUUCCUACGCAGGAUUCAUCGUAUUCUACUCAUGGAUCAGUUCUUCAUUCCCCCGUCCUCCCGCUAAGCGAGCCGUCGCCAUUGCCAUGAUCAACGCCUUCAGUCAACUGGGCAACGUCGCUGGCUCGUACGUCUGGGACUUGGAAGCCAAUGGCUACCGUUCCAGCUACGGAAUCGUGCUGGCCAUGUUCGGUGUCACAAUCGGCGGAUGCUGGUAUUUCCGCUCAAUGCUGCUCGGCUUGAACCACCAGCUCGAGGAGGGUGAGCUUGCUGAUGUUGGUAGAGAGGAUUCUACUGAGAAUGAUAUUCUCGAGCACCCAGACGAGUCGCUACGUAUGCGCAAGGGUUUCAGGUAUCUUGUUUAA